AUGUCUGUUGAUAAAACAAUUGAAGAGUUGAGUUCCACACUCGCACAGUUAGGCACACUCGUUAAUCACAUAAAUGCUCAAGUUGUCGGUAUCACAUCCAGAAUAAAUAUUACUCUGGAAACGUUCGAUAGUUCUGUGGCUGGUGUUGCCACAGAUGCGAGUGCCUUAACGCAUCAGAUUGGACUCACCGUUUCUCAAAUACCAAAUGCGUGGGUGUUUUAUCUGUUGUUGAUAACACUAACUGUUGUUUUUAUAUUGUUGUCUAUUGUUCUAACGAUCAACUUACUCACAAAGUGCCAUGGAAUGUAUCGGUUAGUCAGAGAACCGAGGGGGUCAUCCUCAAAUGGAUACAUUUCAGAUGUUUCGCAUAACACCAAUUCUGAAAUUCUGCCAAUUUAUGAAGAAUCAAAAACGCCCACAUUGUACACUAUGGGAUCAGCUCGAUCACCACCCGUAAACCAUAUAGCGAUACCAAUGGAAUAUGAGCCGAGGAGGGUGGGAUACCCGAUCGCAAAUGGCAGUAUUCGAGAUAACUCUUCAAUCAAAUGCGACUCUUCAAUAAAAUGCAAUGAUAAACAACAACCUUAUCAACGGAAGCCAUAUGAUGUGAACGACGGUGGCCGUUACAAUGUGCAAGCUGGUGUUGCGAUACCUUUCGAUCAACAUGGUGCAGAAGUUUAA